AUGCCUCCCGACUCUGUCGCAGACAACGCCCAGCACAACCACAAGAAACCAUCUUCCAUCCCUAUCGCGCUCCUCGCCGCGCUCGUUGCAGUUGCAAUCGCUCUGUUCGCAGGAUACACCUCCCAGCAGAUCGAAACCACCGACGGACCCACCGCCAAUCUGUUCGGGUUCAGACGGCUCUUCGGAUCGACUCUCUCAUCGUCUGCGCCGUCCGUCGCACGACCAACGGGAACGGGGUCUGCAGCAGUUACUUCAGCCGUGGGACACAAAUUCUCGAAAUCCGCCGCGAAGGGCGCACAGAAUCUGAAGAGCUCCAGCGCUCUGCAGACGGAUACCAUGCGCACGCCUGUGUACUUCUUGAGCCAUGGGGGCCCCAACAUCAUGUACGACACCGAUCACCCGGCGUACCAUAAGCUGGCGCAGAUCGGCCGCGAGAUCACGGGCAAGGUGAAGCCGCGCGCGGUCGUGGUGUUCUCGGCGCAUUGGCAGGCCGGACGGGAUACGAUCCAUGUCAACCAUGCGGAGAUGACGGAGUUGAUUUACGAUUUCUACGGCUUCCCAAGCCACUACUACAAGGAAAAGUACCCCAACGUGGGGAGUCGCGAGAUCGCGAACAAGGUGAUUGACCUGCUGCGCCAGGCGGGGAUCAACGCCGAGGGGGUUAAGAGAGGGCUGGACCAUGGGGUGUGGGCGAGUUUCAAGUGCGCAUUCGAGCCCGACUCGAACCCGCUGAAUGUGCCCAUCGUGCAGGUAUCUCUCUUCGACAGCGAAGACCCCAUCCAGCACUACCGGCUGGGCCAGGCAGUGUCGCAGCUGCGCGACGAGAACAUCCUGAUCAUCGUGUCCGGCAUGGCGGUGCACAAUCUGCGCGACAUGCGGUUCACGUGGGGUGACCCGACGCCACUGCCGUACACGGCCAGCUUCGACGAGGCGCUCAAGGAGGCGGUCACAACGGCUCCUGAGGACCGCGAGCAGGCGAUGGCGGCGCUGCUGAAGCGGCCGGAUGCGCGCCAGGCGCACCCGACCUUUGACCACGUGCUCCCGAUCCAUAUCGGGGCGGGCGCGGCCGGCGCGGAUGUCGGGCGACGCUUGUGGACGCUCAAGGAGGGGAGUUUGAGCUGGGCACAGUAUAGGUUUGGAGAGGUGCCGAAUGCCACAAGUGCGUUGUAG